AUGAAAAGAACCAGAGCUGGAAAUAGAUAUACUGCGAAAUGCAAGCACUGUUUGGUUGAGCUAAGUGGCAAGCCUGAUAGACUUCAUCAACACGUUCUUCAGUGCAAUAAUUGGCCUGUUUCUGAAAAAACUUCUUAUAUUCAAAAAAUUAGUGAAGAAACUCAUGCACCCCAUAAACGUACCCAUGAUGAUGAUAACACAUCAUUGAGCAAACAAAUGAACAAGCAAAUGAUGAUAUUGCACAAUGAAAGAAGCGACCAGCUGGUAGAAGAAGAAUGGUCUGUUAAUGAUAUUCUUGAUAUGUAA